AUGUCAAGAGCAAGUAAAAUCACUUUCGGACUAUCAUGUCUCUUUACAAUAACCACAGUAGGCGCUGUCCACUUCAUUCAAGGAUUAGAACAAGAAACUUUGCAUCAGGGUCCGAUUAAAGAUGCCAAGAGAUUAGCUGAAAAAGAGAAGGAAAAGCAAGAAAAAGAGUUGGCAUCAACAGGCUCCCCAAAGAAACCCCUUAUGAAUGCUGUGCCGCUUUCUAAAAGACAGACAAACGCGCAAGAAUACCAAAUGCAACAAGAUUUGACACGACAAUAUACUGAACUACAGCCGCUUUCUGGAGAAGUAGUUACAAAAGAUGGAGAAGUUAUAGAGAGGUCUUCACCGUCUACUUAG